GAAGAACUGCAGGUCUCUGUGUCCACGGUAAAGGUUUUGUUUGGGAAGGCGGGGGGCGGAAGCAGUGUGUGGCCGCACCGUGGGCACCGGCAGGCAGAGCGCAAGCCUGAGCCGUCCAUUCCUGGCAUUUAGCGGGUAUGAGCGCUGCACAUUGCUAUCUGAAGGCGGUCAGGUGUCCUAGCUGGGAAGUGGCCUCAGCUGCUGCAGAACCUCUUUAAUGGGCAGCUUAAUAUCUGCUCCCUGUACACCCCCCCUCCCUUCCCUGGGGCAGGUUAAUAUCUGCUCCCUGUACACCCCCCCUCCCUUCCCUGGGGCAGGUUAAUAUCUGCUCCCUGUACACCGCCCCCCUGGUCAUUGGCUAAUGGGAAGGAAUGUGUACUAGCAAUGACUAACCAGUAUAUGGAAUAUGUAGAGAGCUGCUGUGUAAAUUAUUUAUUUAUAAAUUAUUUUACCAGGAAAGAUACAUGUCCUGGGUCCACAAAUCAUUGCAUUGUUACAAUUAGGGUACAAUAAAAUACAAAAACAAGAUUAAUACACAAUAAAUACAAAAUCUAACAUAGAAUAGGUAGGAAAUAUAUAAUCAACCAUGACAGGUGCAUUCUGUUUUGAGGUAUGUAGAGAGGGAUCCCUUAAAGGACUUUAGGCUUAGGGAAGAUUUUAAAUUGUGCGGGAGGUCGUUCCACAAUUGCAGUGCUCUGUAGGAGACGGAGGAUCAGGCCGCUUUCUUCUAACAGAUUAUAAGUUUACAGAGAAUGUUGGUAUUAAAUGUCUACAUCCAGCAUCUUUACAUUUAUUGAGGAUUAGCACAUGAAGAGUGCUGCCCAGCUGUGUGUACAUAUUAGAUGUUGCACGUAGGAAAAACAUCCAUUCAUUAGUGAAAUAUUAGUAAUCAGCAUUCUCCUCCCCUUUUUAUAUAAAUUUGUAUUUUAUUAAUAAAAAAUAUAAAACGUCUAAAUGCAAGUGGUAGUUGUCACGGCAAGGGUGCAUAAACUAUUAUUACACUAUGGAAUAUUGCUAAUUUCACCCAUGGGUAGAGUACAAAUGGCAGAGAGAAAUUGCUCCUUUGAUCAGAAGGGGCUUCUGCAAGGUGUGAAAAGGAAUGCCCCUUUUGAUCUAUCAAAGGUCCUGCACGGUAAGACAUUUUACACUUGAGCAGCCCGUAUGUCUAGUUUCAAUGUAAACUAACUGACUUUGACCAUAUGGCACGAACUCUCAAUUGAUAGUUCAAUCCUUUAAAAUGGUAUUAGUUUCAAGAAGUGAACUUUAACCCUUUCACCACCACAACUACGUCACGCACACUCUUGGAGUAGGGUGCAUUCGUGACAGUAGUAUGUGCCACAUAGCCAUUUAUAGCAGUUAUGGUGACAGGAAGUCCUAUGGUACUAAGGAGUUUGAGGUUUGACACUUACUUAGUGAUCUAGUCCUUACAGGCUACUGAGAUAUUGCUAAAGUGGAAGUUCCCAUUCUGCUUUAGCAAUAUUAAAGAAAUGCUUCAAGCUCCGUAACACUACAGUGAGCUUUAGUUGUUCUAGUGCCGGGUAUUCCCUGUCAUCCUUGUUUUAGAAUGGUCUGUCUAUUUACCUUAGGUCUGCCGGGCUUCUCUCCCCACCUCUGCUGUAGCCUAAAGGAGAGGUAGGAGCUUCGGUUGGCUCUCGUGUGCUAAUGUGUGCAGGGCCGGCUAAUUAGCUAAGAGCAUCAGCUGAUUGCUCUCAGUUAAAGUGCCCUGCAGCACCGGGCUUAAUUGAGAGCCUGUCAUGCAGUUUUACUUACAUUGGGAGGUGUCAGGGCACCCCUAGCAUCAUUACCACUACAGUCUGCUGUAGUUUUUAUGAUAGUUGGAGUGUUACUUUAAAGGAACCCCCUAGUGUUAGGUGACUGCCCCUAACAGCCAAUAAAAUGCUUUUCCUUCAUAGAGAAGUAUUGGGACGGUGGUGUGCAUGGGCAGCAAGUCAUUGCACUGCCCAACCAAGUGCUUCGAUUGAGAAUAGAACCUCAAGUGGCAACCAGGAAGACAGCCACCAGAGCUGUGUUUAACCCCGUAAUGAAAACGUUUGUUCCUACAAAAUGGCAAUAUUUUAAAUUUUGUCCACCUUUAGAAAUCAUUCUUCGACACAGAGUAGUCCAGCUUACACCCUUUAGUUAAUGAAUUCUGUCCAAACAUGGAAAAAAUAUUGCUACUGCAGAAGUAGGAAUUUUUACUAGUUAUCUGUGAAAAAAGGCUGAGCCUGGGGACUCGUCACCAAAACCGCUGCAGAAUGGUGUAGUAGUAAUGGUGCACAUACUUAUGACAAGGUUUUAUCUUUUGCACUUGUUCUGGGCAGCAAUUAAUUUUCUGGAACCAAGAAACAGGAAUGAGAAAAUAACCGGGCAUAGAAAUAUGAGCAUACAUAUGUCUACACCCUAUUAUGGAAGGACACACUUGGGGGAUUUGCAAAGUGGGCACAGUUUUUGCUAGCAACAUGUAAAGACCAAUUGUAAGAAUAAAAGUGUUUCUAUGACUUACACUGGACAAUCUACAGCAAUAAACUAAAAUCAGUCCAGACUUGCAUUACGCACUGGACAUUUGUUGGAUCUGUCCUUUGGAAACAUGCUCUGUUUCUUUAGGCUUGUGGCACGAGUGGAAAUGACAAACAUACGCGUCUUGAAGGCAGGGAGGAGUCUACUGCUUUCAAUGCCAAAAAAGUACAGAACAUAACCAUAAUGUAGCUCAGAUCAGCAUCUUUAUGUGCCUAAGUCAUGUUGAAUAGUUGGGCUGCUAAAUGAAUACAGGAAGGUAGGUAUUUCAAUGAAAUUCCAACACAGUCAAAAUUAGUAUUUCAUAAAGAUUCUAUACUAAAUACUGAAAUACUGAUAUAUCUAAUAAAUAAAUAUAAUAUAUAUAUUAUACCGUUAUAAAUAUUUUUUUGGGGGGGGGAGGUGAUCAACUUUAAAGUAUUAUUUUGUAUGUAGGUACUUGCUCAGUCUAAUAGGUUGUUCCUUUGUCAUUGAACCAUUUUCACAAAAUACAAAAACAAAAUAUGAAAUUUGCUAAUUUUCUAAUAACCUUUUCUUUGCAGUGAGAAACUCAAGCUUAUACGUGUAACAUGGAAGCACACUACACACAUAAUGCAUCUCUGUGUACAACUAAACAAUAUCUAGGGUCACCGGAUCCUCAGAACAACGUAGUAGGAAACCAGGUAUGCAUGGAGUUAUGGUGCUUAAUAAAGUGCUGCUGCUUAUGGGAGACAUGAGAAUUACAUGUUUUUCACAUGACACAUUUUCUAUUCAGUUUUGCAUUUCCUAGUUAUUUUUUGCACGCUCCUUCUCUAUAUCUCUAUCUCAUUGGGGGCACCAUAUGUUGCAUCACACUUGUUACAUUUGUGUAUUCUGCAUUGAUUCACCAAAAUAAAAUUGGGUGACCUUUCAUACCCUAUUUGCACAUUUAGUUAUUGUUUUUUGAUCUCGGACACAAUAUGCACCCAGAAUACUUCACCUCCUUGUCCCAGUGUCCCUGUCAUCUUAAAGCGGCACUAUCAUGAUGAACUUUCUUUAAUCGCUUCCUCUUCUCUCCCUCUCUCAGGAUCUGUUCUUCAUUUCUUCCUGUCUACUCUAGUUUUCUUUAAAACAUAGGACAAAGGAGGGACUACUUGUCUUAUGGAGGUGUCCUAUGCCUGACUAUCUCUGACCAGCGGAGGAGCAAAGUGUGCUUCAUUUCCGGUGGUCAGAGAAAUUUUCCCACAAUUCUAAGCUUUCCUCUCUCUUCCCGCGAUGCUUCCUGUCAGUAUUGCCGAACAUCCUGUCAUUUAGACAGGAUGCCAGCAAAACUGCUGAAUUGCGUACUAACAGAAUGAGAACAGUUUCUCCAUUCGUGUUAGGAUGCAUUUCGGGACUUUGUUCGUAUCUGAAUUUCAUUCAUAUGAAUGAAACUCCGAUCCUAUUCGUGCUGCGGCUGUAUUAGGGAGUUAUCUACUAUCUACUAAAAGGCUGAAAGAUCUAAAUAUACCACAAGUGGACGCCGCGUCGCUUCCGGUUUUGCCGCGCGCGUCCCACAAUCUAAACACACCAGGAAGUCAUCUCCACUUAUGUAAGUUAUAUAUUUUAAAGGAACGAUUUGAGGUUAUUUAUUUACACUUCUGAUGAAGCCUAACUGGCGAAACGCGUAAAGUGUUAUUUUAUAUAGCCUUUUUGUUUUAUUAUUGCCACUAUUGUUAUUAUUAAAUAUAUUUUUUAAAGUGAUAUACUUUUUACUUUAACAUUUAUUCUCCUCAUCACUUCCUGGUCUACACAUCCUACAGUGGGGAUUAUACCACUGCAAGCCCUAUACACUAGAGCAAGUUGUCUGCUCUAGCAAAUGUGAGUAUAAUUACUUUCAUUUACUUUCUCUACAAUUGAAGUUAGAGUUACCACACCAUUGGAGUUUCUCUCUCUUCUCUUUUUUUUUCAUCCCAUUUAUACCACCAAAAUAUUGGAGUACUGAAGACUUUGGACUUCUAAUCCUGAGACGGGGAUUGUACCGUCCGUGCGAAUUACGGUAGAGCUCCAUAUUAGCUCUACCAAAUGUGAGUUUAAAAUACCUUCGCUCUCUAUAUUACCUUUUCAAUUUGUCAAAUAUACUGCACUAUUAUUUUUUUCUCUUUGUGUUCUCUUUUUUUGAGGAUAAAUUAUCUACAUCAUUCGAGAUAUAAAGUGUAUGUAUAUACAGCUAAUAUAAGGCGCGGUUCCCUUCUCCUUUUCUAUACAUUUACUAAUACUAAGUAAAGAUUACUCAGUAUUAGUAAAUGCUGCCCCUACUCGCUAUACUGCCUGUGGCUGCUCACUGUUUAAAAAAACAAAAACAACCCUAGUACCCCCCACCCCUGAGCGGUGGGUGGGGGCCAUAAGGAAAAUGAGGGGGGGACCUAUUGAAGAUGAAUUAACUUUUUCGCAUCAGGUUUUUUAUUUUUGUAGGGUUUUUUGCGCUCCUCAGAUUAGGUUCGACAGGUAUUAUAGUUUUUAUUUGGCCUUUUGGGGGGCUGAAAAAUGAAGAUUUAGAAAAAAAGAAGACAUCAAAUGGUAAGUUUUGAAAACAUUUUUUACAGGUAGUUCUUUUAUUCCCCACUCACUAUUUUUAGGGUGAGGGGGCGGUAGGUAGGGGAUUAUUUUAUUUUUUUAAUUUGGGGGGGGGGGGGGACUAGGGGCUUGGGGACCCCUAGUCACCAUGGAAGGGGGAGGGGUGCAUUUUCAUUAAGGGCCCCCACCCGCUGAAUGCUUUCCUAUGGACUGGCUCCUGCCGCACAUGCGCAUUCAGCCAAUUACGACGAGGAGGAGGAGACUCCACCGCCUGCUGCUGGAAAAAGAGGUAAAUUUAACCCCUUCCACCCCCUAGAGCACUGGCGGGAGGGGGACCCUGAGGGUGGGGGCACCCUCAGGGCACUAUAGUGCCAGGAAAACGAUGUAUGUUUUCCUGGCACUAUAGUGGUACUUAAUUUUCCAUAAACUUUAAUAUGCUUGAAAUAUUUCCAGGUACUUGGGUUUUUCAUUUCAAGAUGUGUUGUUUUACAGUGAUUCAAAUGGGAAAAUAAUUAACUUAUAAGGAUGUGCAGCAUUUUUUCCUUUCCAGAAAUGUUUACAAUUAUAUUUGAAGCAUAUUGUGAGACCCAGUACGGAACAUUCACUCUCUCUCUGUAGUGUGAGCAACACAUUUUCUUUAGCUCAUUGUGUAUAUAUAUAAAAUAAAUAAUACAUUAAACAGACAAAAUACUUGCAUUGUCUCAUACAUAAUACAUUCUACCUGAGAGGAAAAGUGACCGCUAAGAGAGAGGUACUUAUCUAUUCCUUAUAUAUUAAAAAUUCUAAAGUGCAUAUUUUACUCAGACUUUAUGUAAGUGCCAAUACUAUAUCAAGACAUUUCUCUCAAUAUUUUAUUAAUGACCGGGGAUUUAUUUCUCCAGCUUAUACUUGGUUUCAUCUUUAGUUGGAAUGUUGGUUGUUUUACCCAUUGAGUAUAACUGAUUUCUGUAGGUUGUUUCCAAUUUCUUGCUAUGAGAAUCUUCAUAGACAGGAAGCCAUGUGUAACAAAAUAGUAUUGAGAUGCUGUUAAAUCCAGCCAGUCCAAAUGUAAUAAUGCUGUCAUCGGAAUUUUAUACAUUUUAAUCUUAUCAAUAUUGUAUAACGUUUUGUAGACCUGAUCCCAUGGUGUUUUAAUCUUUGGGCAACUCCACCAUGUGUGUAGAUAACUUCCCCCUGCCUUCUAGCAUCUCCAACAGAUAUUUGAAGCACUAGGGUUAAUUUUAUUUAGUCUCGUUGGCACGAAGUACCACCUAUUACAUACUUUAUAAAAAGUUUCAAUCAGUAUUAUGUUAUGAAAAUGUUUCUUUAAUUUAACUAGUGUUUUACCCCAGACACUAACAUCAAUAUUAAAGGACCACUAUAGUGCCCUGAGGGUGCCCCCACCCUCAGGGACCCCCUCCCGCCCAGCUCUGGAAGGGGGAAAGGGUUAAAAACUUACCUUUUUCCAGCGCUGGGCGGAGAGCUCUCCUCCUUCUCUCCUCCUCCGUUCCUCCUCCUGGGCUGAAUGCGCACGCGCGGCAAGAGCUGCGCGCGCAUUCAGCCCGUCGCAUAGGAAAGCAUUUGCAAUGCUUUCCUAUGGACGCUUGCGUGCUCUCACUGUAAUUUUCACAGUGAGAAUCACGCAAGCGCCUCUAGCGGCUGUCAAUGAGACAGCCGCUAGAGGAUUUGGGGGAAGGCUUAACCCAUUCAUAAACAUAGCAGUUUCUCUGAAACUGCUAUGUUUAUAAAAAAAAAUGGGUUAACCCUAGAAGGACCUGGCACCCAGACCACUUCAUUAAGCUGAAGUGGUCUGGGUGCCUAGAGUGGUCCUUUAAUAUUGCACUCAAUUUCCAAUUUUUUUUAACUAGUUCGUUAAAGUGGUUUGAGACAUUGUUCGAAUUAACAUAUAACACUUUUAUAAAAAGUGGAAUCACUAAAAAUAAAAGUCCACUUGGGAAGUAUAUAAGCGGUAAUAAUAUUAGCCAGCUCAAUAACAAAGUAUUCCACUUUUUAAAAGUUAGGUUUGUUGAUCUAAUCAAUUUCAAAACAUUGUCUUCUACUAUUCUAUUUGUUUGUUUGUCUGAGAGCAUAACACCUAAGUAUUCAAAACUCCACAUAGGCUCUCUAAAGCCAUACAUAUCCAGUAUUUGUUUUUUGUAUUUUUUUAUAUCCGCAUCGCAAUUUCUGAACAUAACCACCGAUUUAUUUUGUAAUUAGAUACCUCACUGUACAGGGAUAUCUCAUUAAAUGAACGGAGACAAUGGGAUCAUCAGCAUGCAUACACUUCUUCAAAUCUCUUAAAGCUUCUGGAAUCCCCCCAAUGGUUGGGAUUGACCUUAUUCUUACUGCUAAAGGCUCCAUAUAUAAUAUGUAUAGAAUUAGUGAGAGAGGACAACCCUGACUGGUACCGUUACCCAAGAAAAAACAAUCCAAACAUAAAUCCACUCCCACCACCCUUGCCAUUGGAUCUUGAUAUAUGGUUUGAUGCCCCGGGAGAUAGGUGUGCAGGGAUAAAGCAAAACACCUACCGCGACUACCCCCAGCCCCUUGUUUAGGGCACUAACCGCUAAAGUCGGCCCAAACUCCAUUAGUUGCAACACUAUUUUCUAUAAUCUACACCCGACAAUCGAGGCUGCUCAAAAACUGAGGCACUUGCUGACAUCCACACUAGUAUAAUUCAGCUCACAUCCAGCUACACGACCACCGCUAAUAGCCACCAAACUGCUGUCAAUUCUCCAGAUUAUUGUGAGGUAUACUCCAUCAAAAAGGACACAUAUGUUAAAAUGUACAAGCUACAUGCUCUGUUAAAACACAAAUGAGUAAAACUGCUAUGUGUCUUAUCAGAUACAUGCAGUUCUACCCUUAACUCUGUACAGAUGUUAAUGAGAUGUAUACCUCCGCCAAUCAUAAAUGGCUGUUGGGAUUUAAUAACUUCCACUUGUUGCUACUGCAGUGGAAGGCCAUCUUUUUCAUGUAGUUAUAGAUGGGACAUAGUUUUAAUCUCCACUUCCCAUUUACACGUGAAAAACAUGGAUGAUAAAUCUGUUAGCUUCAAAUUGAAGCAUGGAAAUUCACGGAAUGGAAUAAAUGAUAUGCAUCUUUAAAGUGUGUGUGUGUGUGUGUGUGUGUGUAUAUAUGCACAAUUACAGUAUUGCCUUUCUAAAAUGUAAGUUAUUUUGUGUAAAAUAGAAUUGAAAAAGCUGCCUGUAAAUAAGCCUAAUACCAAUAUUGUAACAAUCAUUGUUCGGCUAGAGGCCUUUAUAACUUCUUUACUAAUAUCUAACAAUGACUAAAUACCCAAAAAAUCUAUGUACAAGUUUUUAUUUUAUGAAAGUAUACAGAUUCCAAAAUGAGUCAGUUUUGCAGUCCGUACAUAUAUCAUCUUGACAAUUGAGUGAUGGUCAUACUUUUUGAGUUUGUUUGCCUAUGGCUGUAAUUUCACAAAUUUCUCCCCGGGCCAGCUUUGAUUUUGAAAUGUUUACUGAGAGAGGGCAUUGUGAAAGUAAAGCAUCUUGUAAAAAUGUCACAAUGGAUUGUUGCACAACAUACAUUUUUGAUUUACUGAAUUUUAUGCCUUUGUUGGGUAUCAGUAACCAGAUUAUUUGAAUAAAGCACAUAAUAAACUUUGUGAUAUAUAUAUAUUUUUUUAUGUAUAAUAUUGCUAAUUGUAUUAUUUAACAAAGCAAAACUGACAUGUUAUUUGAACACAAGGGAUAUUUAUUGAGGCAAAAGUACUACUUUGGGGCAAAUGCUACAAAAGUAGCAACCACCACAAAAACCAAUAGAACGUAUGUAAUAUUUGAGCACUUUGACCCCAAAUUAUCACAUAUAUUACCUUAUAACUCUCUCCCAUAGUUUCUUUCUUUUUGGUUUUGUAAAUUUGUUAGAUAUUUUUAAAUUAGAAACCAUGCUUUCUUGUAUUCCUGGUAAUUAAUUGUUAUUAUUUUUGGAUAAAUUAGAUUUAUUUUCUCCCCCCCUGUUUCUAGCCUAUGAGUGCAACACUGCGUGAACGUCUCAGAAAAACUCGAAGGUCUUUUAGUUCAGCAUGUCCUGUUGUAAAACGUCUUAAAAUAGACAGUGAAGACAUUGAGGGGUCUAUGACUAACAACUCUAAUGUAUAUGAAAAAUGUGAAGAUUCUCUGGAAAAUGUAAAGAACACAGUUCUGUCUGGAGCUGUACAUAGCAAUAUACAAACUGGAGAUGUGGUUAGUCCACCAGACCGAACGUCACUGGAAUCACUGCCGCAAACUACUAAAGACAGAUCUACUGGUUACUUGGAGAUGGUUGAGUUAAAAAGGAGAUUAUUAAAGAGAGUGGAGGACAAGGAAGAAUUCUUGAGAAGACUGAAAAUGGUUAAGCUUUAUAGAUCUAAGGUACUAGAACAAUUUAGGUCAGAGUUUGCAAACUUUUAUUAAAAAAAAUAAAUUUAAAAUGAAAUUGAGUCUGAAAAUAACCAAAGAACAUGUGAGAGUGUCUCACACUGUGACUUUUUCAACCUAGCAGUUUUUAUUCUAAAGCUAUUUUAGCAUGCAACUCUUUGUAUACUUUGUUCAUGCUAGUAUCCUUGUAUAGAUAUGCACACCAUACAAUCUUAAAGGAAAACUCCAAUCACUACAUAGUGAUGUAGUGGUUAUGGUGCCGGGAUUUCUUUGUUACCCACAUUGUAAGGAGUCAAACCAUUUUAGAAUGGUUUGACUUCUUACUUGCAGCCUGCCAGGUGCUGCUCCCCUUUUUGACUACAACUUGGUGAGAGCUGGAAGCAGGAGAGUGAACAGAAUCUCCUGAGUAGUAGCUUUCAGCUCUUACUGAGCUGUACAGGAGGUGAGGAGUGGUGCCCUGCGAACCCAAGGUAAGGUUGACUCCAUUAUGAUGGGGACAACAGGGCACUUUUUAUGUGAAGUAAAUUAGGCUUUCAUCCUUACGAUCAUUUCUUUGAUAAUGCUAGGUCAUGAAGUGAGCAUUCAGAAUUGACACGUUUCUAUUCUUCAAGGGACACUAUAGGCAGCCAGACCACUUCAUCUCAUUGAAGUGCCUCCCUUAGUCCUGCAAUGUAAAACAUUGCAGUACUAAGACUGCCUCUAGUCAGCCACUAUAGGAGCUUCCUGGAGUUACAUGGAGCUUGACGUCCUCACGCUCUGCACAAGGGCAUCCAGUGUCAAGGAAAACCCCGUAGGAAAUCAUUGAGGAAAAACGUUCCUAUGGGAAAGGCCUUAUGCAUGUGCCUCUCACUGCGCAUGCUCAUUCGGUCCCCCCUCCCCCAUAAGCUGACAUCGGAGGAGGUGGAGCAUGACUCAGAGCUGUAAUCUGGUAAGUGAUUAAAGGGUUAUUUAACCUUUUACAACAUUGCGGGGGGAAGAACACGUUCAUAUUCCUAACACUAAAAUGUUCCUUUAAAAUGCUUUUAAAUCAAAUUUCCAAUGAGGCACACUAAAAUACCCUCUAAAAAUAGUCUAGUGCAAUGAUGACUAAUUGGCUACUUGAAGACUGGUUGUGUUAUCAUGAGAUCUGUAAUUCACAAAGACCUGCAGUGCUAAUCGUAGCCGCCAUUUGGCCAGACUUAUUACUAUUUAUAAUAAAAAUAAUUUAUAUAUAAUAUAUAUAUAUAAAAAAAUUUUAAUUUCAGUCUUUUACAUCUGUGAAUUGUGAGGGUUCUCACUUUUUACAUUAACAUAUUUUACUAAAUUAUAACUCUGUAAAACAACAUGCUUAGGCAUGUUUUGUGCAUGAUAAUUUAAACUUCAGAAGCAUGUUCUAGGGCACGGACAAGCAACGAUUAUCACUCCAUGUUUUGUGGACUAUAUGCCCUAUAAUGCUAUUCUAGCCAUAAAGCUGGCAAAGCAUCAUAGGAGAUGUAGUGUGGAGAGUGCAUCAUGGUUUGGUAGUGGGAGUGCCAAGGUAAUCCUGGCAACAGAACCACUAUAGUGAGUUGUUCUUUUUGACAGGUUAACUGUAAAAUUGUGCGAAGAACCAAUAUUAAAUGAUUUGUAAAACAAUCUGAUCUGUGUAAGUAACUCUAUAACUCUCGGUCAAUGUGAUUGGUGUGCCUUUUGUGUAAGUAUUUGUUUAUAGUUGAACUGUACAGCAUAUGUAACUAUCUUUUUUUCCAAUUCAUUUUAAUAUAUUUGGUUGUUGGCUUAAUACGUUUGUACAUUUUAAAAUUUCACCCUGAUAAAGUUACAAAAUUUCUCUCUCUGUCUCUCAUUUAGAACAAUUUAACAGAGCUACACUCUUUGAUAGAAAAAUGGAGGAAAAGUAGCCAGCAAGUACUCUAUGAACUCCAAACAACUUUAUCAACCGAAAAUUCCAAAAUCAGCCUCACACAGCUAAUAGAGAACUGUAAUUUGGAUGACAAAUUACUGCAAUAUAAUAGAGCAGAAGAGGAUUUUGAAAAUCUCUGAAACUUUGUAUUUGAACACUGAAAGAGAAGUGUCUUUAAGUUUAAGUAAGGUAACAAAACAUUGUUUAUAUCUAUAUUUACAUUCGAUUAAUCAUCUGCCUGUCUCUUGCUAUUUCACUAUUAAUAAACAUAUUGGUUCUCGUAA